ACACGAUAUUAUACAGAGCGAUACUUAGUUCAGAUGUAUACGAAGUUACUCGCAUAUCGCAUAAUGAUUACACGAUAAAAAAAAAAGUAUCUUCACCGUCAUUGAAAAAUCUCAAUAUUAGCGACCGUUAUGUAUCACCUGAAACACCAUGAUAACCACAUACGUUUUAUGAAAAUAUCUCAGAUAUCUUCGAUAUACCCUAUAUUUUACUAGACGCUAUUUAAUUAUCAAGAAAAACACCACUGACAGAAAUCGAAACAGCAACCGAUUGUUUGCAUGACGAACGUGCAACGCAGUAUGAUGCCGAGCGAAGGGACGAGCCCAUGAGAAAGAGAGAGAGAGGAGGGCAGGAGAGGUCACAGCAACGGAAUAACGUAGAAUGGAAUGGCAUGGACAUAGCCAGUUCGCAUUGAACUGCCGAAUCGCGCGGUUCGUUUCAGCUUUCGUUUCUCUCGCGACUGUUUCGUUUCCUCGCCACGCUGGACGCUCGUUUACAGUUGAUACUACCAUCAGCCGCGACUACCAGACUCUAAAUUUGGAUACCUAUGUGCAGGCUCGAAGCGGAAUGUCCGUGGGUUCGGAAGGGCGGGCACCGUUUAAACGGGCAACAGCUAUUUCUGUACACACAACAAACAAGUCCACGAAGGCCCGAUCGAAGCUCGAAUCAAAGCCAUCAUCCGGCGGUAGGAAAAAACGGGACGUGGUUGCGUCGUUUUUCAGCCCAAAAAGGCCAGCGAACAGAAAAGUCAAGCAUCCUGACAGAUACGAAGCGAAGCUAGAGGAACGUCACAAAUCGCUGUUUCGCAGAGGCCAACAACCGCCGACGCAGUCGCAACAGCAACAGCAGCAACAGAUCCCGCUGCGUCAGGCGCCAAGCGCCUCCUCGCUCGAGACCAAGAACGAGAAUCCAUCGGUAGGCAACUGGGGCUCCCUUGGUAAGGAAGGAGCUAAAGGGAACGCCAAGGGUAGUUACAAUCCUAAAGGACCCAGCAAGGGGUCCAGGAUGCAGGAGCUUGAACGUGAGAUCGAUGUGUUACGCAAGGAACGCGUACGACUAGAGUCGAAUCUCCGAGAGGCAUCUUGCGACACUCAAAAUCUUCAUGAAUUACGUGCCGAACUCGCCUCUCUUAAGGAGGAACACAGUUUGGAGCUAGAACGUCUUACUGAAGAAAACGAAGCUCUUCGAGCCAGGCUUAGGGACGUAGCACAUUCACCUCUGUCAGACUCAGAGAAACAGCAAUUACUUUUGGAUGCUUCAAGAUUACACAAUUCUGCUCCAGCAUCAAUAGCAAUUCCCCAAGAUGAAGGAUCCAUACCUGUCACAAGCAUACCUCAAGAUAAUGCCCAAUGUACUACUCCUGAUUGGGACAAACAUUCUUCUAGUUCUGUAUCAGAAGUAUCUGUUGCAUGUCUGCAGGAUAGAAUUUUGCAAAUGGAAGAAACGCAUUAUUCAACAAAUGAAGAGUUACAAGCAACGAUACAAGAAUUAAGUGAUCUACAAGCACAGCUUACUGAACUACAAGCUGAUAAUGAGAGAUUAACAGAAGAGAAAGAUGUGUUAUUGGAGUCACUGUGUAGACAAACAGAAAAACUUGAAGACUCUCGUUCUAAGGUUGAUACAUUACAAGGACUAUUAUUAAGGGAAGAGCAGCCUCAAGAAUCUUCUAAAGGAUACAAUACAGAACGAGAACAAAAAUUAGUAGACCUUUUAAAAAGUGCACAAGAAGAACGAGAAUCCUUGUUGCAAAAACAAGAGGAACUAACAUCUGAAGUGAAAAGUUUCCGAGCAGCUGCAGAAGCUAGUGCCGCGGAGGCAGAGCGAUUAACAAAAUGCAUGCACCUAUUAGAAUCCUCAAUAGAAACAGCAAACAUCGAACGAAAGCAACUGGACGUGGAAUUAGUAGAAGCCAGACAGGACAGUGCAAAUCGAAAUAUAGAAAUUAGCAGGUUAGCUACACUAUUAGAAAAUGCACGAGCGAAGAUUGAAGAAUUAGAACAAUCAAGGCAGUUGGAGAACAAAAGCGAGGCGGAUGAACUUUUAGAUGCUGCUAGGAGAGAAAAAGACACUCUGGAGACGCAAGCGGCAGCUCUACAAGAGCAAUUAGCGCGCUCGCAUUGCGAUCAUGAUCGUCUCAGAGAUCAAUAUUCACAACUUCAAGAAGAAUAUAAAGUAGCGCGCAAUAACGCUAGGUCAGCUAUUGAUGAUCUGGAAUAUAGGUUAAACCAGCUAAAGGACGAGAGAUUGUCUGUGAGUACAGAACUGCAACUUGUGAGAGAUUCUCUAGCAGAGUUGCAGGCACAGUGUCAGAGACAUCUGGAAGAUAAAAGAGAAUUGAAGGCUGCAUUGAAUGAGGCUCAAAGAAGAGAACGUGAAGCUCAGUCACGUCAAUACGAAUUAGAGCGAGCCUUGGCUGAAGAGCGUAAGUUGAGACAAGAAGAGAUUACCGAGUGGGAACAAUUUCAAACAGACCUCCUGAUGACCGUUCGUGUGGCGAACGAUUUUAAAACGGAGGCUCAAAGUGAGUUGGAGCGAGUUGUGAUGGAAAAUAAAGCACAGAGGGAUAAGCUGAGAGCAUUAGAAGCACAGCUCGAUAAACUGAAUAAAGGCAGCAUCACAGUUCCUCAACGUAAGAACUCCAAUAGUGAUAUUGGAAGUCCUCGCAAAUCCACUAAUAAUAUUUUAAAACGCGGCCGCACCAUUAUAAACAGACGACAUGAGUUCAUAAAGGGCGACUUAAAACCUGACCUUUUAAAAAUAACAAAAACUUUAAAAAUAACAAGUCAAAGUACUAAAGAAGAUUUAAAUGAUUUGACAAAUUUAAAUUCAAUAAUUUCUCAGAAAGGUUCUGAAUUUGAUAACAGUGAUCAAGAAUCUAUUAAAUUACGUGACAAAUUAAUUUCUGAAAAGGAAGUUAAACUUUAUCCUCCUUUUGAAUCAAAAGAUAGUUUAUUGAAAUCUACUGAAAAUUCUAAAAGCCAAUACUUUACGGAAAGACAAUCUUCAACAGAAUUAGAUGCCUUUAAUGCAAAAGCAUUAAAUAUUGAAAUUGCUAAUCUUAAUAAUACAAACUUAAGCGACUGCCUUGAGAUUGCCGAAGAUUGUUCAAAAUUAAAUGUACCGAGUGUAUCUGCAUCGGAAGAAAAUGCAAACGCAAAAUUGUCCUUGUUAAAGAAUAUAACAGGAAUACAAAAUGUCGGGACAAAUUCGUAUGGUAUUAAAAUCUCUAAUAGUCGAUUUUUCGUUCCUAAAAAUUAUAUAUAUUCUGGAGUGGAGAACGCGAUGGAUGAUUUGAAGUUUGAGGUAGAUCCUGAAAUGAAGAAAGUCUUGCAAAAAAGUACUCAAAUGAAUAACUCUAUAAAUACAUACAAUUUUGAAGUAAUUAAUAUAAAAAAAUCUGAAUAUACAAAUGAGUCUGAUGCAGGAGAUACAUUUUCAUCUGAUGUGAAAGGCAAAAAUUCUUCUGUUUUGCAAGCUUUGAAGUUUAAGGAAGAGGAAGAAGAACGUAAGAACGAUUGGUUUCUGAAUAAAGAACGUGAAUUAUUCCUAAACAUAAGCGAACCCGGAUUUUGUAGUGAAAUUGUCGAUUCCUUUUUAGAUAUUGAUAACAGGCAAAAUGUCUUCAACUCCACUUUGAAAAAUCGAUCCUUUUCUACCUCGCUGAAUAAUCUGAAUUUACGAACCUAUUCUACUGACAAUCCAAAUAAUAGUGAUAUAGUAAGACAAAUAAAGAAGAAAGAAGAUUUCAGUACUUUUAAUGAUCAUGAAGACAAAAAUGCAAUAUGCUUCAAAGAUACCAAUGCUAAGGUAUCUAUGAGAUUAAAAAGUGUUCCAAUUGAGCCUUGCUUAUAUCAAGAAUCAGAAGAUUUAGAUUUUUUAAAUAUUGAGAAAGAUCAAAAUAAAGACAAUGAAAAACAUAAUACAUACCCUGUUCUUUGUUCCUUGGAAAAUUUACCUAGAUCAGCCCUAGAGGCUCCUUUGACACCGCUCAUUUCUCAAUUUGAAUCAAGGAAGCCAUUAUAUUCGAAAGAGAGCACUCAAGUAUUAGAUUUUACCCCGACGCAGCGGAUUACUAACGAACCUUCGAAAUUCGAUGAUGAACUGCAAGAGACGAAAAAAAAUCUAACUCUUUGCGAAGCGAAUAGACUAAAACGCAUGAAAUUUUUGAACAUGAACUUAUCCCAAUCUGAACCAAAUACAGAAUUUAAAAUGAGUGGUUUGGUGAAUGAAAAUGAAAAAAAGAUAAGAAAUGAGAAUUCGAACUUAAAUUCAGAUUCAAAACUAAAUGUAAAUAGUAACAAUUUAGUGUUCAAGGAUACAUCUCUGAUAGGAAGGACUUCGUCUUUAAGGGAAAAAUUUGAGAUGAUCACGGAGGAUGUGGAACUGAGACCAGGCCGUCAAAUAGGUACAAUAAGCGACCCUAAUCAAAAGGUAAUUCAACAACCGCAACAGAGACCGGCAAGUACACCUACAGAAACUCAACAUUGUGUAUUAACAAGUGUUCAACAAGAGAUUGCUGCGCGGCGAAAAGCUAACAUUUCUCGUCAAGAUUCAAGAUUAUCUGUAAAAUGUUUAAUAGAAAGUAUCGAAAAUGCUACAAAACAAGCAAAAGCAGGUCCCGGAAGUCGUAGCAGUUCUACAUCCUCUCUUAAUUCCAUUGGAACGAAUGAUAUAAUGACAUUGAAAGCUCCACUUCGUGAUCAACAGCAGAUCAAUAAUUUAAUUUGCACGACAAAUUCGACGAAUAACAAUAAAACUCAAACUUCAAUUACUAGAAAACCACUAUCAGAAACAAAGUCAACAGUGCCCAUGGUAUUGAGUCCUGGUGAGUUGCUAGACUCUGCUGCACUAAACGCCAAGGCUAUCGACUUCGUACGUCGCAACAGUGUAACAGAUUUAUCGGAACGUAAAGAUCCGCUUUGUGGUUUGAUUAAGAAUGGAGGCUCAAAACGAAACGCAUUGCUCAAAUGGUGUCAGAACAAAACCAUGGGCUACCGAAAUAUUGAUAUCACGAAUUUUAGUAGUUCUUGGAAUGAUGGUUUGGCUCUUUGUGCCAUUCUGCAUUCUUACCUCCCACACAAAGUACCAUAUGACACAUUAACUCCAGUGGAGAAAAGAAGGAAUUUCUCUAUCGCUUUUUCUGCCGCGGAAAGUGUCGGAAUACCUACUACUUUGAAUAUAGGGGAAAUGUGUCAAUUGGAGCGACCUGACUGGCAACAAGUUAUGACAUAUGUGACCAGUAUUUACAAACAUUUCGAAACAUAAUUUUCGUCCAGUGUCUUCUAUUUCCUAAAUGGAUCCUUCUCUCAUUGAGAAUUCACCGUUGGAUUAAAACGAGAUCUAGUCAACUAAAAUUUCUAUAGGGACAAAAUUCAUUCCAAGAACGUUCUCUUUUCAAUUUUCAAGGACCGCUAUAUUAUAGCACUGCCUACGCCUAUGUGUGUGUUUGAUCACGAGAGUGUGGAUUUCGACGAGACACAACUCAACACCAAAUGGAAUUGCUUUUUACUAUGAGACUGAAUGUUUUUAAUAUAUGUUAAGAACCAGAGACAAAGAUAUAGAGGCAAGAAUUUAUAGAAAAAAAGUAACAAGGGGAUGUACUUUUAGAAAAGAAAAACGAGGAUAUAAAGAAAUGCAAGCUUUAUCGAGUUUUCUUGUGCGUGAAAAUAUAUCGUCUAUAUUUCAGUGCCUCUUUGACAAAGCCAACGUAUUAUUCUAUUACAUGCAAGAAAGUUUUCUCUACCGGUCGUAAGCCUUGCAUUUUUUGUAACUAACAAGUAU